UUUUGUGAUUUGAUAAUUUUUGAAAUUUACAUUUUGAGAUGAAGAGUUUUAGUGUAGUAAAUUAUUACAGAAAAUUGUUAAAAAAUGUGCAGAUUCGUAACUACUGUAGCGUGGAAAAGAAUACAGAAAAAAAUUCCAUCAAUAAAAUUCGAAAUAUCGGCAUAUUAGCACAUAUCGAUGCAGGCAAAACUACAACGACAGAGCGUAUGCUAUUUUACUCUGGCACAAUCCGCUCCAUGGGAGAGGUCCACCAUGGGAACACUGUCACUGAUUAUAUGGAGCAAGAGAGGCAGAGGGGAAUCACUAUAACAUCUGCCGCAGUAUCGUUUCCGUGGCAGGGCUACCAGAUAAAUCUCAUUGAUACUCCAGGUCACAUUGACUUCACCAUGGAGGUGGAGCAAAGUCUGGCAGUACUAGAUGGAGCUGUUGUAGUAUUGGACGGAUCAGCUGGUGUAGAAGCUCAAACGUUAACGGUGUGGCGCCAAGCGAACGGCUACAAAGUGCCCCGCAUCGUGUACCUCAACAAGAUGGACCGUGGCGACGCGGACGCGCGGGCGUGCACGCGCUCCGUGGAGGACAAACUUCGCGUUACCCCCUUACUGUUGCACGAGCCCUUGUAUUAUGAGGACAAGCUUAUUGGUCUCAUAGACCUAAUAACAUUAGAAGAAAUCGUCUGGACAAAGGGCAGGGGACAGCAUUACACAAAACGGAAACUCACAGAAAAAUCUGAUGGGAAAAAAUGGGAGACCUCAUUGGACGAACACAGAAAAAUCAUAGACACACUAUCAUCUCUAGACGACAAACUUGCAGACACAAUUAUACAACAGGAAUCCUUAGACAACUUGGAUUGUAAAGAGAUUAUGCAAGCCGUGCGAAGGUGUACAGCAAACAUGUCUUUAUACCCAAUUUUGUGCGGCAGUUCGUACAAGAAUAUUGGCGUGCAGACGCUAAUUGACGGCGUCAUUUCGUACCUACCCUCGCCUUUGGAGAGAAGCGGGGUACACAAGGGGUUUGGGGCUGAUUUGUCUGCGAGGGCUUUCAAGGUGCAGCACGAUGAUCAGAAAGGGGUGCUGACUUUCCUGAGACUGUACAGCGGACAGAUUAGUAAGGGGCAGAAGAUUUAUAAUUUGGCGAGGGAUAAGACUGAGCAGACAGGACUGCUGUACGUGGCGCUGGCCGACGAGUACCAGCCCGUAGAGAGUGUCACUAGCGGCAACAUCGCUGUCGUCAGUGCACUUAAGGCAACCAUGUCCGGUGACCUGGUAACCACAAACCAAGCGGCAGCGAACCGCGCAAAAGAGAAACUAACUGCCAUGCUAAAAGAUCCAUCAUUGAGUGAGGAAUUAGUUUACCCCAGCGCCCGGCAUCGCCUGCACGCCUUAGACACUGAGCCGACGCCCGAAGACGUCGCUGAUGUUCUACUGGGAGUAGGUAACACAGUCCCGGAGCCCGUAUUCCUCUGCUCGAUCGAACCCCCCAGCGCGGCCUCCCAAAACGCUUUGGAGACAGCGCUCGAAGAGCUGCAGAGAGAAGACCCAAGCCUGCGAGUCACCACUGACGAGGACACGGGACAGAUGGUUCUAGCUGGUAUGGGCGAACUGCAUUUAGAAAUCAUCAAAGAACGAAUAAUACGCGAGUAUAAAAUCGACGUGGAGCUGGGCCCGCCCCAAAUAUCCUACAAGGAGACUCUCGUAGGCACGGCCAAGCAUACGUUGGCCAUAGAUAGAAAGAUUGGCAACGCCAAGCAAAUGGCCAAGGUUGUGAUGUCGGCGAAAACUGUCAAAGGAAUCGCGCAUGACAAGGUGCUCAAGUUGGAUAAAUCGGGCGACAGUGCGGCCAACCUGGCGCACGUACACCCGCGGUACAUGCAGGCCAUCCGCCGGGGUGUGGACGCAGCUUUGUUACACGGACCCAAACUUGGAUGUCCGUUGGUGGACGUCCGAGUGACGCUGCACUGGUUUGAAGUUGGACGCGGCACUUCCGAGUCAGUGGUCGCCGCCACCGUGACGCAAUGUCUUCGAAAGGUGUUCGAGGAAGCAGAAUCCGUACUCUUGGAGCCGGUGAUGUCGUUGGAGCUGGUGUGCCCGGAGUCGCACUCCGCGCGGCUCAUGGCGGACCUGGCGCGGCGCCGCGCGGACUUGCAACACGUUCACUUGCGGCACAAGAAUAAGGUGAUAGAAUGCCUGGCGCCGCUGUCGGAGCUUCUGGGCUACUCGUCCGCGUUGCGCAGUUUGAGCUCGGGACUCGCAAGCUUCACCAUGGAGUUCCACUCCAACCGGCAGAUGUCGCCCCACGAUGAAGAGAGAGCCAUACGCAGCGUCACCGGCUUCUAGGUGACUUCCAGCAUCCCCGACCCAUUUUCGGUCCACUACUGGACUCGGCCUACCCUCAGAAUUCGAAGGGUUUAGGCUAUAGUCCACCACGCUGGCUUAGUGCGGAUUGUUGGAGUUCACACGCCGUUGAAAAUAUUAGGGAGAAUUCUCAGGCAUGCAGGUUUCCUCACGAUGUUUUCCUUCACCAUGAAGCAUGUGAUAUUCUAAUUGCUCACACAUAACUUGGAAAAGUAAGAGGUUCAAUUUUAUCUUGAAACGUUGUAUCUAAAUUCGACAAGAUGAUAAUCUUUUAAAAGGGUGAAUUAAUAAGUACUAUUAAAUGGGUACAAAUAUUUUAAUUAUUGAAUAUAUUGAAGCCUGUUUAUACGGAAAACUGUCCUCAUUAUUAGUUAAACUAACGUUUUAGUUUAUAACGUAUCAUUUCCUUAAUUUUAAGUUGUAAAUAAUAAAAGAGGUAAU